AUGUGGCGCCCGUUCAUAGCAAUAACCGCAUUGCUUAAUCUCGCGGGUGCUUUUAGGGAUUCGGAGCCCACCGGCGAGUGGCCGACAGAGCUCUACCGUACCUCUUCUGUUCUCGGCACAUCCGUAUAUUCUGUACGGAGUAAUGCAGCCUGCAAAGAUGGUUUGUACACGUUCCUUUCGCCGCGCGGUGAGGGCGUCGCAGCACGCGGGCCGACAAUUCUCGAUCAGGAGGGAGAACUUGUCUGGACGAGCGAAUCCACUACUAUCGGAGCCGCAUAUAAUCUAGAUGUUCAGGAGUACAAGGGAAACCAGUACCUUACUUUCUGGGAGGGAGAUGAUAAGCUUGAUGGCCAUGGUCGUGGCACAAUUCACAUGCUUGAUCAACAAUAUAUCAAGCGCUAUGAAAUUCAAGGUCCAACUGGUGCCUCUGCGGACUUCCAUGAAUUCCGAAUCACGCGCGAUGACACCGCGCUCUUCACUAUCUAUGAGACCGUCUCAGUUGAUCUGCGCGCGGUCCGUGGCCCAGAGAGAGGCUGGGUCUGGGACAGCCGGUUCGUAGAGAUUGAUAUCGAGACGAACGAGGUGCUCUUUGACUGGCGCGCUUCGGAGCACUUCAAUGUCACCGAUGUCGAGAGACCGUCUGGCAGUCCGGGAUGGAGUUACGGCGACCCCUGGGAUUUCUUCCAUCUCCAUAGCGUCGAUAAAGACGCCAAGGGCAACUACCUCAUAUCGGCCGUUCACACUGACCAUCUCACCUACCUUAACGGCAGUUCUGGAGAUAUCAUCUGGCGGCUUGGCGGAGAGCAUAGCGACUUCGAGGACCUGUCUGAGGGGAGAGGCUCGACAUUCGCAUGGCCACACGAUGCCCGCUUUCAAGAUGGCGACAAAAAGAUCACACUUUUUGAUAAUACGACGCCAGGCGACAAGGUCAACCGAGGCCUUCUCCUCGACGUGGAUCAGUCAAGCAUGAAAGUCAGCAUCCGCAGCGAAUUCCGUGCAUUCGGGCAUGCUGGGGUUACCCCUGAAUCACAGCCGCAGUCAGACGGCUCCAUCCAGGCCCUGAAUAACGGGAAUGUCCUCGUAUCAUACGGCAAGAACGGCGCAGCAUGGACCGAGUUCACUAAGAUGGCAGUCCCCAUGUGCCACACUCAAUUUGGCGCCAUAUCCAGCUUUGGCACGGGCAACCCGGCGUCUUAUCGCGUUAGGAAACAUGCCUGGGUAGGGAAGCCAGACACGACGCCGGCAUUUGAGCUCAACGGGUACGAAGCGGCUGUCAGCUGGAAUGGCGCGACUGAGGUCGGGAGAUGGGUCCUCGAAGGCUCGCAAGUUCCGCUUCCCAUCCACCAUUCUAAUCCCGACGAUGCCGACGGCAAUGACCCGAAUCCGAAUCCGAACUCCGGCAAGUCCGACAAUUUCUUCUCGGCUAUCACCACCGUCAAAAGAACAGGAUUCGAGACGAUCAUCAACAUCCCAUUCCACACAGACCAGCCCUUCCUCCGAGUCCGCGCGCUUGACAGGAAGGGUCAAAUCAUCGGCACAUCCGCCAUCCUACCUUUUAAUGCGACGAUGAAAGGGUCGAACAGUCCAGCCGGGCCACCCAGCGAAUCCGGAUCACACCACCCUGCGGCUCUGAUCUUCGCGGGUGUCUCCGCUGCAUUAGUACUCAUAGCCUGCAUAUACUUCUUCCGCCGCUACUGCUGGGCGUUCUGUCUCCGGAGCUGCCGACGGGCUCGGCUGGGCCGGUACCGAUACCUUCCAGGCUAUCGAGGCCGAGACGAGGAAGAGAACUGGGAAGAGUACUAUGCGAAUGGAGAGCAGGAAGAGGGACUACACAUUGCUACUGAUACUGAGAGUGAUGACAGCGACGUUGAGGUCUCAGAGCUAGAUAACCCCCGGCUCUCCCCGGCUUUGCUGUCCCCGGCUCUGGGCAGUCGCCUGAGCUGGCAGAGCUCACUGGGUAGCCCUGGUAGUAGCAUUGGGAGGUCGGUGUUGGUCAGGACGCCGAGUACGUAUAGUAAUGUGAGCUCGAGGGAGAAGCAGCAAUGA